AUGAAAAAAGUGAAGAAUGAAAAUGUGCCUAUAGAAUCUGACCUUUCCCUGCAACUUCUAUACCAGUUCCCUGAUCCACAGUUUUUGGAGGAAAGCCUUCGUAAAUUAGGAGUGGAAAAACUCAGCAAAGAUGAUGUUCAAAAGAUGCAAUGGGAGGUUUUGGAAGCUAAGAUUGGGAAUUGGAUUCAUUUCAUGCGGAUUGCUGUGAAAUUGCUAUUUGCUGGGGAACGGGAAGUUUGUGAUCAGAUAUUUGAGGGCAUUGACUCCCUCAGCGAUCAAUGUUUUGCUGAAGUUACUGCAGGGAGUGUUUCAGUGCUGCUUAGUUUUGGAGAUGCAAUUGCCAACAGCAAGAGAUCGCCAGAAAAGUUAUUUGUGCUUUUAGACAUGUAUGAGAUAAUGCGAGAACUUCACUCAGAGAUUGAAACUCUUUUCAAAGGUAAAGCUUGUGACAAAAUUAGAGAAUCUGCACUGGGUUUGACAAAGCGACUUGCCCAGACAGCCCAAGAGACCUUUGGUGAUUUUGAGGAAGCAGUUGAAAAAGAUGCAACUAAAACUGCUGUCUCAGAUGGAACUGUCCAUCCUUUGACUAGCUAUGUGAUCAACUAUGUCAAGUUUUUAUUUGAUUAUCAAUCAACCUUAAAGCAACUUUUCCAAGAAUUUGUAAAUGGGGAUGACUCAAAUGCGCAGCUGACUGCUGUGACAAUGCGAAUAAUGCAGGCUCUUCAAACAAAUUUGGAUGGUAAAUCUAAGCAGUAUAAAGAUCCUGCUCUGACUCACUUGUUUCUAAUGAACAACAUUCAUUAUAUGGUCAGAUCUGUGCGCAGGUCUGAAGCCAAGGAUUUGCUAGGGGAUGAUUGGGUGCAAAGACAUCGGAGGAUUGUACAGCAGCAUGCAAAUCAGUAUAAGAGGAUCGGUUGGUCCAAGGUCUGGUUCUAUUUAGCCUAUUCAAUGCACACCAUUAGAUCAAGAAUUUAUUUGGGUUUCCCCCUUUUACUGGGCUGCAUGAAGUUGUUCUCAAUAGCUUGGGCUUUGUUUCCUCUCAAAACUAAAGGGGUGGUUGUAUGAUCAUUUAUUUCUAUUUUCCUGAUGUUUUAUGAAGCUAUGGCUGGG